AUGCUCCAUCAAUUAAUCGUCUUUUGCUUAUGUUUUGCGACUACUUUAUCAAUUCGAUGCUAUUUGGGCAUGGAUAACGAAUGUUUCUUAGCACCUGAUGCGAAAGAUUGUGGUUCAGGGGAUGCUUGUAGAUGUAUAAAAUAUCGUUUUACAUGUACAGAAGAUGAUGACGCUUGUAAUCAACAGGAAAAAUCAGCAGGAACUACAAAAUGGGUAUAUUCAUUGACUUCUGAAAGUGUAUGUGAAGCAUAUAAAGAUGCAAUCAGUAGUCUUUUUGAUAUGGAAUGUUGCUCAACUGAUCGAUGCAAUCGACCUGAUAAUGUUGAAUGUUCAUCGUCUAAUACUCGUCGUCGACUUUUACGUAAAUUUACUGAUUUAUUCGAUGUUUAA